AUGGCCUCUAUAACCAACUGCGUACCUUGCUCUAAAAUAGUAACUGCUCGCAUGCAUGUGAUCUGUUGCGAAGUGUGUGAACGUUGGCAACAUUGUAAAUGCGAUUCAGGGGUAUCUGCGCAGCAGUACCAACAGAUGGUAAAAAAUGAGCUAAAUCUGGCAUGGAAAUUCCAAUUCUACGGCAUCGAUAGAUAUAACUCUGAAAUCAGAGCAGCCGACGAAGUAGCAGACGAUGACGCUGACGAAGUAGCAGAAGAAGGAGCAGAUGACGAAGCCAACACAGUAGCCGCCGCCGACGAAGUAGCCGGCGACACCAUCAGCACCAACGCCGCUGAUGGUAUCCUGGAAGACCGGACGUUUGACAUCUUGAACAGGAGCUUCGAUCGACCCCAUCAUCCACUGGAUGAGUCGCUACCGGAAAGGCCCCUAGACAAAAAGGUUCCCACUGAUUUACCGGCGACUUUCGAGGUCAUAGAGGGUGGCAGCAAGCGAGGUGGCCGGAAGCUCGUCAGUAGUGCCGGAUACACAUACACAGCUCGCCGUAACAAGGGUAGUCGCACUUACUGGACGUGCAGUAUAAGAAGCAAGAAGAUGACUUGCCCCGCAAGCGUCAAGCAAUUCGGCGAUAUGUUCACUCCAAGCAUCGUCGGUCAUGUCCAUCUGGCCAAUCCCGUUGCCGCCAAGAAGAUAAAGAUAUCUACGAAAGUGAAGGAAGCCGCUAGGGAGCGUGUCUUCGAGUCCGCAGCAAAUAUCGUCGAGCGAGUUAUGAAGCAGAUGACGACACCACACUUCAGCCUAUCAAAGCCUGGAAACUUGGCGCGAGCGGCAAACCAUCACAGACGGCAACGCCCAGAUGAUCCAGCUGACCUUGGAUUCCAGUUGGAGCGGGAAUGCUUCAAUUCAUGGACGACUUUUCGACGCCUGGGACCGCUAUGA